GCAGUGUUUGCAACAGGAACCAUAAUCAAAAUGAAAGCUAUCGUGUUGGCGAUGUUCGUGGCCGUGGCUCUGGCUGACAGGCCGUCUUUCUCCUACGACGCCCCUUCAUCCCACCCAUCCGCCCCCGUCAGACUGGUCGAAAUCAUCCGCGACGAUCGAGUCCAUCCUGCUGCUGACGGCUCUUACACCUUCGACGUCGAGACCGAGGACGGCAUCGUCAGACACGAGGCUGGUGGCCCAGGAGGUGCUCAGCAAGGCUCAGUCAGCUUCACCUUCCCGGACGGCCAAGUGUUCGACCUCCAGUUCGUCGCCGACGCCAACGGUUACCAGCCUCAGUCGCCCUACUUGCCUGUGGCUCCUGCCUUCCCCCACCCCAUUCCCGCCCACGCCCUCGAGCAGAUCGAGCGAGGUCGUCUUGAGCAUGAAGCUCGCGCCCGCGGAGAACUUGCGUGA